AUGGGUCAAGUCAAUUGGGGCGAUACCAUUAUGAACUUUGACAUUUGGGAUACUGCAGGACAAGAAAGGUUUCGAAGUAUACUUCCCCUCUAUUACCGACAAGCGGCGGCAGCCAUAGUUGUUUAUGACGUCACACAAAAGAAUACUUUUAUCAGAGCAAAAGAAUACUUAAGAGAACUGCGGGCUCAUACUAGUGAGCAUAUAGUUGUAGCGCUGGUUGCGAAUAAGGAAGAUCUUGCACAUAUUAGACAAGUAUCAUUCGAGGAAGGGGAAGAUUAUGCCAAUGAAAAUGGUUUCAUAUUUAUGGAAACAUCUGCCAAAACCGGAAAGAAUAUUAACAAAACCUUCUUAGCAAUUGCUAAGAAAUUGAUGGAGGAGGAACCUUCCGCUGAAGACUAUACAUCAGUGAACAUUGGGACAGAUACACUGGAUGUAAACCGCGAUAAAUGCUGCAGUCAUUGA